AUCAGGAUUUGCGAAUAUUUGAGUCCCCACAGAUUGCUGUGACUUUACAAUUACGACGAGCCCAUUUUGCAGAAUUGUUCAUUGUUAAUUUUUUAUUAGUCAGCGUCGAUUUUGUACACGUGGGAAGUCUAGUCCUUGUAAUUUUUUUUAUUUAUUUUGACAUGGAAAAUUAACCAAAUCUUGAUUCACCCAGAAAACCUUUCUCGAGGUAGCCUAUAAAAAGUGGCAUUUGUUGUUCUGGGAUAUUGCAAAACGCAAAGAAGGCGUGUGAUUGGUAGAGGAGACAAGAGGGUUUGUGCUACAAUGGAGAGUGUAUUGAUCAAUGGAAUAGAUAAGGAUUACAAGAAUGGUGUGGCUGGGGGUGUUGAGGACGUGUACGGUGAGGAUAGUGCCACCGAGGAUCAGCUAGUUACCCCCUGGACUGUCUCUGUAGCCAGUGGAUAUACAUUGCUGCGAGACCCACACCAUAACAAAGGUCUUGCUUUCAAUGAAAAAGAGAGGGAUGCUCAUUACUUGCGUGGGCUUCUGCCUCCCGCAAUUGCGACUCAGGAGCUGCAGGAGAAGAAAUUGAUGCAUAAUCUUCGCCAGUACCAAGUUCCUUUGCAACGAUACAUGGCAAUGAUGGAUUUGCAGGAGAGGAAUGAAAGGCUGUUUUACAAGCUUCUGAUUGAUAAUGUCGAGGAACUGCUCCCGGUUGUGUAUACUCCAACAGUUGGUGAAGCUUGCCAGAAGUAUGGGAGCAUUUUCAGGCGCCCUCAGGGUCUCUACAUCAGUCUUAAAGAGAAGGGCAAGGUUCUUGAAGUAUUGAAGAACUGGCCAGAGAAAAGCAUUCAAGUUAUAGUUGUUACCGACGGUGAGCGUAUUUUGGGGUUAGGGGAUCUUGGCUGCCAGGGAAUGGGGAUUCCUGUAGGGAAACUUUCUUUGUACACAGCACUAGGAGGAGUACGCCCCUCAGCAUGCUUGCCUGUAACCAUUGAUGUUGGAACAAACAACGAGAGAUUACUGAAUGACGAGUUCUAUAUCGGACUUAAGCAAAAGAGAGCAACUGGACAGGAAUACAAUGAACUUCUGGAAGAGUUCAUGAGUGCAGUUAAGCAAAAUUAUGGGGAGAAAGUCCUUGUACAGUUUGAAGAUUUUGCGAACCACAAUGCAUUUGAGCUGCUGGCCAAAUACAGCCAAAGUCACCUUGUCUUCAAUGAUGACAUACAGGGUACAGCAUCUGUGGUCCUAGCAGGGCUUCUUGCAGCUCUGAAACUAGUUGGCAGAACCUUAGGUGACCAUAAAUUCUUGUUCCUAGGUGCCGGAGAGGCUGGAACGGGCAUAGCUGAGCUUAUAGCUCUUGAGAUUUCAAGACAGACCAAAGCUCCGGUUGAAGAGACGCGCAAGCAAAUUUGGCUCGUGGAUUCAAAGGGAUUGAUUGUUAGCUCCCGUAAAGAGUCACUUCAGCACUUCAAGAAACCUUGGGCUCAUGAGCAUGAACCUGUCAAGGAACUCGUGGAUGCUGUUAAGGAAAUUAAACCAACAGUGCUGAUAGGGACAUCUGGAGUAGGAAAAACAUUCACAAAGGAGGUGGUUGAGGCCAUGUCAUCAUUCAAUGAGAAACCUUUUAUUCUUGCUCUGUCCAAUCCCACCUCACACUCUGAGUGUACAGCAGAAGAAGCUUAUACAUGGAGUGAGGGUAGGGCAAUCUUUGCUAGUGGAAGUCCAUUUGACCCUGUUACGUAUAAUGGGAAAGUUUUUGUCCCCGGACAGGCAAACAAUGCUUACAUAUUCCCCGGGUUUGGUUUGGGGUUGAUCAUAUCUGGUGCCAUUCGUGUGAGAGAUGACAUGCUUUUGGCAGCCUCUGAAGCUUUGGCUGCUCAAGUGACCCAAGAAAACUACGACAAGGGACUGAUUUACCCACCAUUCACUAAUAUCCGCAAAAUAUCAGCUCACAUUGCCGCCAAGGUUGCUGCUAAGGUUUAUGAACUUGGGCUGGCAUCUCGUCUCCCUCGUCCAAAAGAUCUUGUCAAGCAUGCAGAGAGCUGUAUGUACAGCCCAGUCUACAGAAACUACCGCUGAACAUGGUGGCGAAAAGACGCGUUUAGCAAUCAGCUCUAGUCCUAAGGAUGUUUUUCCAGAUUCCAGAUUUUUUUUAAUGUCUUUUUGUACCUGUGAUUUCCUCAAUCCCGGCCCAAGUAAUCCAAUUUUUUGAUAAAUAAAACAUUGUUAUCAACAUA